CAGAUAUACUAAUCUCUAUUAUAAUAUUUCUAUGUAUACAGGUACAGGUAGAUUUUAGGUAGGUAAUACUGCUCACACUAUUAAGUCUGUUUAUCAUGAAUUUGAAAAUAUAUCAGUCAUUUUACCAUGGCCAAUGCACAAGUACAGGUCGACUUUUUAGAGAAUGGUAGAGGUGGCUAUUACCUACUUCAUGCUGGCUACAAAUUUUCUAUACGGACAAGACGGGAUAACCGUGUUUAUUGGAGAUGUGUUUUACGGCAGUGUCCAGCAACAUUUAUAACCCUGGAUAACAUCCCAGUUGUAUUUGGGCACCAACAUCACAACCAUCCUCCUGAUACUAUUUCACUAGCAGCUGACUCAUUCAUUGUAAAUGUCAAAAAGCGUUGUCGAGAUGAAGUCAAUGCUAUCCCGGCAAUAUUUGAAGAGGAACUUGGCAAUCUCCGUGACAGAGACUAUGAUGAUGAUGUUGAGGACAUGAUAAAAAAAAUACCAACAUUUGAAAGUUGCAAGUCCGCAUUAUACAGGAGUAGAGCUAAAGUGUUGCCAAAAUUGCCACAACGACAGCAAGAUAUACAGCUGGACGACCUGUGGAAGGAAACGUCAGCUGGAGAGAGAUUUUUAUUGUCUGAUGACACAAAUCAACAAGGCCAGCGAAUUAUUAUAUUCGCUACUGAUGACAAUCUAAGAAAACUUUGUCAGGUAACAAUCAUGUACAGUGACGGAACAUUUUAUUCGUGUCCCGGAUUGUUCAGCCAGUUAUACACACUCCAUGGUACCAGAAGUAGCCAUGUUGGACUUUGAAGUAGCUGCCCGAAACGCGAUAAAUGCUGUGUUCCCACUUACGACAGUGAAAGCCUGUUUUUUCCAUUACACGCAAUGCAUUUGGAGAAAGACACAGGGAUGUGGGUUAGCUGCGCGUUACAAACAGGACGAUGAACUGAGAAAGUUGGUAAGAAGAGCUGCUGUCCUACCCUUGGUUCCGACCCGACAAGUGGAAGACGUUUGGUUCAAUGCUCUUGAUGAAAAUGAGGACAACAGCCCAGAGGUUACCCGUUUCAAGGACUAUGUCACAGAAACGUGGGUGGAAGGACAGCAGCUGGACCUGUGGAACCACUAUGACAACACAGGGCCUCGUACAACUAAUCAUGUAGAAGGAUGGCACAGUAAAGUAAACAGGAUGUGCAAGCAUGCACACCCGAACAUUUAUGCGAUUGUGAAGUUGCUCCAGAAAUUACAGGCUGCUGACGAGGUUAGGAUGAUUCAACUGUCUGCUGGAGGAAAAUCACGACCAAGAAAGAAGAAGUAUCGACGUUUGGAUGAGCGCCUUACUCAGCUCAAGGACAGGUUCCAGAACGGACAUAUUAAUGUGAACACGUAUGCUGAUUCAGCAUCCCACUUACUCCAUUUAGACUGAGAUAGUGUAUGAUAUGGUCAACACGUGCAUGUUGAUUCAGCAUCUCAAAAACUGUUUAGCUCAGGUCUUCAAGAUUGACCCAAAAUUUUAGUGCUUUAUAUAUGUCAUA